AUGAAUGCUUGUGACAGCAAAGUUGCGCAGCAUGUGAGACAACUGGUUGACGGAAAGUUUGAGGUGGACCUUGAGUAUGCAAUUAAAGACAUCUUGAGAGGCCCGCCAAUCAAGGAAUUAUGCAUAUACUUUGAAAAAGUAUUGGACCGAAUCAAAUUCGGAACUUCAGAAGCUGAGCCAAAGAAUGAGGAAGAAGAGUCCAGAUAG